AUGUCACCUCCGGGGGAUGGGGCCACGAUGGAAGGCACCGGCAACAGUCGAGCUGCCACGCCAGCAACGUACGUUCCAGCUUUGAACGCCUUCGCCAUAGAGCUCCCCGAGAAGUUUGACUUUCGCCACCCGGAGUCGUGGAAGAAGUGGUUCACGAGCGAAGCCGAGGACAUUCUCACGUCGCUUCGCCUGUCGGACGAAGAACUGAACGACUACGGCAAGCUUUCGGAAGGCUUCAAGGGUCACUUCGUACCCAGACUAAAUGUGAUCUACGAGCGGGCUUGUUUCAACCAGCGGCACCAACGAGACCACGAGACCGUGGAGGAAUUCGUCAGAGAGCUUCACCGAUUGGCUGCAACCUGCGAAUAUGGCGCGCUCAAAGAGGAACUGAUUCGCGACCGCCUAGUGGUUGGCCUGCAUGACAAGAGCCUUAGCGAAAAACUGCAGUUGGAUUCAUCGUUGACGCUGGAGAAAGCGGUCAACAGAGCGAGGAACUCGGAGGCCGUGAAGGGCCAACAGCCACUGCUGCACUCCGACGUCAACUCCGAAGGAAGACCUCGUACGAAAAUUGACGUGGACGCGGUCAUUGCUGCCAAAUCUCCGUAUGUAGCAAAGGAACGUUCCGGAGCCGCGCAACGGCAACGACACGGCGCGAGCGAUCGUGACCGGCAGCGACCAAACAAAACCUGCAAGUGGUGCGGGUACAGCCUGGAUCACACGAGGGCAGACUGUCCAGCUCGAGAGAAGGUCUGCAGCACGUGCCGCAAGACAGGACACUUUGCGUCUGUUUGCCAGUCGAGCGCCCAGCGGCAGGUGCAGGGGACCAACCAGAGGACUCAGCCCGGAAGACAGCCCGGUCGUCGGGGCAAGGGUCAAACCACGGCCAAGUUGGAAGAAGUCUUCCUCGGCGAAGUCCUGUCGGCAUGGACCGCUAAGGAGCCGUGGAUCAUAACAGCUGAGGUGGACAACAUGGCAGUCUCGUUCAAGGUGGACACUGGAGCUGACGUCAGCGCGGUACCCCAGUCUGCACUUGUCGAGAACACGAAGAAACGCAUACGUCCGGCAACGAAAGUUCUGUAUGGACCGGGAAGGUCCAGGCUUCACCCCGUCGGUCAGGCGGAAGUGCUGAUGUCCUGGAACGGGAAGACGACCCGUCAAGAAAUCUUUGUCAUGGACAAGCUGGAGCACGCGCUCCUAGGUCGACCGGCAAUCCGGGCCCUUGACGUGCUGCCACACCUCUGUUCAGUGGAAUCCACUUCGCUCGUCGACCCGAUAAUGUCAAAGUAUCCAGUCCUCUUCGGCGCACUGGGACACAUGAAGGCUGUGUACCACAUCAAACUUGUUCUUGGGGCGGUACCGCAUGCUGUUUCGUACCCUCGUCGUGUGCCAAUCCCACUGCUUCCAAGUGUGAAGGAGGAGUUGGAACGUAUGGAAGAGCUCCAGGUCAUAGAGAAAGUCGACCGCGCAACGAGCUGGUGCGCGCCCAUGGUCGUCGCCAAGAAAAAGAACGGGAAGCUGCGCAUUUGCGUCGACUUCGCCGACCUCAACAAACAAGUCGUUAGAGAGCGACUGAUUAUGCCCAUUGUCGAAGAAAAUCUCUCACGGAUUCACGGCGCAAGAGUAUUCAGCAAACUCGACGCGAAUGCGGGAUAUUGGCAAGCUCCCUUAGCACCGGAAAGUAGAGAGCUGACGACCUUCAUUACUCCGAUGGGACGCUACCAGUUCCUGAGACUGCCCUUUGGAAUCGCAACUGCCCCCGAGUCCUUCCAGAGGGAAAUGCUGCGCAUCCUGGAAGGCUUGGAGGGAACUGUAUGCCACAUGGACGAUAUCCUCGUGUACGGCAAGCAUGAGCAGGAACACGAUGCUCGUCUGGACGCAGUACUUCGCCGUCUACAGGACAGUGGCAUCACAUUGAACAAGGACAAAUGCGAAGUCCGUGUAAACCAGAUCCAGUUCUUGGGACAUGUACUGGACGGGCGUGGCAUAUCCGUCGACCCGGAGAAGACUGAAGCCAUCAGGGCCAUGAAACCGCCAGGAUCAGUCGCGGAGCUCCGAUCUUUUAUCGGCAUGGUCAACCACUUGAUGAAAUUUCUCCCCCGUCUGGCUGAAAAGCUAAAGCCGCUAAGGGACCUGUUGACGUCGGACGCAGGCUGGUUUUGGGGCCCGAGUCAGCAACAGGCCUUUGAACAGAUUAAGGACGACCUCACAAAGGCUCCAUGUCUCGCCUACUACACAGGGAAACACCCGCUCACAGUCUCUGUAGAUGCAUCGUCCUACGGCCUUGGUGCAGUUCUCCUACAAGAGGACAGCGAGCACCGCAGACAUCCGGUCGCGUACGCAUCCCGGGCACUUUCACCAACCGAGCAGCGCUAUGCGCAAGUCGAAAAGGAGGCCCUAGCUAUUACAUGGGCAUGCGAGCGCUUCAGGAUGUAUAUUUUGGGCCUGCAGUUCCACGUAGAGACGGAUGAUAAACCACUGGUCCCUAUUUUCUCCACGAAACGGAUAGACGAGCUGACCCCAAGAUUACAACGGAUGCGCCUACGAAUCCUGGAGUAUGACUUCACGAUUGCACACGUCCCGGGCAAACUGUUAUACACGGCGGAUGUUCUUUCGCGCGCUCCGGUUACUAGCAGCGAUGAAGCAUCAUUGGACACCUUACUGCGGGAGUACGAGCUCCUCACCGUUGAGCUACUCCCAGCAUCCGGGUCACUGCAAGCACGUCUCCGGAGAGCUCUACAGAGUGAUGACGCCACAUCAGAGGUCAUGACGUACUGCGGUAACACAUGGCCACCAGCAGACGAGAUGAGCCAUGAGGUGCGCCGGUACGCCAGCUUUUCCAGUGAGCUCUCUGUCGUCCAAGGACUCCUGUUCAAGGGGAAGAGACUGGUAAUCCCAUCAGUGAUGCGACAAGAAAUUUUGGACCGGCUCCACGCUGGCCGUCAAGGUGUUGUCCGAUGCAGAGCAAGAGCGAGGGACGCCGUCUGGUGGCCCGGUAUCGGUGAACACAUCGCCAAUUUUGUGACCAGAUGCCCAACAUGCCAAGCACACAGGAGAUCCCGGGCGGAACCCCUGCUUCAGACCGAACUUCCGCCGCGACCUUGGCAUACCGUGGGCAUGGACAUCUUCUACAAAGACAAACAAAACUAUUUGGUCAUCGUAGACUACUACUCAAAGUUCUUCGAGCUGAGGUGUCUUCCAAAGACUACGACGGCUGACGUCAUAACGGCAUUGGGUCCGGUGUUUGCCUGUCACGGCAUUCCAGCGGUGAUAAGGACUGACAACGGGCCGCAGUUUGCCUCGAAGGAGUUCGCCCGAUAUCUGCAACGUAUCGGUGUGGUCCACGUGACGUCCAGCCCGUACUACCCUCAAUGUAACGGCCAGGCAGAGCGGGCGGUUCAAACGGCAAAGUCUCUUGUAGCCAAGUCGUCGGACAUCGACGACGCUCUUCUGGCGCAGCGGACGACCCCAGGGAAGACCGGAUACUCACCGGCGGAAUUGCUAAUGGGACGACGUCUGCAAUCCACGGUACCAGUUCCACAGAGCUCCCUGCAGCCACAGUGGCCGUACUUGGAACAGUAUCGAAGGAGCUACGCCCAGGACCAAGCGGUCCAUGCAAGGCACUACAACUGGAGGCACAGGGCCUCAUCUCGCCGGCCUUUCAGAAACCGAACGGCCGUGAGAAUACUCGCAGGAGCGGCAGCACAUGGGGCCAUCGUCGGUCAGGCCUCUACACCCAGGUCCUACGUCGUGGCAACUUCAACGGGGAUUACCAGGCGCACUAGCCGGCACCUGCAAGAGCAACAGUCGCUUUGCCGCAGUGUGGACCACAAGGCGUCGUAUCAAGUCCAGGACGCGUGA